AUGGUAAAUAGUUCUACAAAUAUGGAUCUAUUCAUGGACGUACUAUAAAAGAAAUAUAAAAUAAUAAAGUAAAAGUAAUGUAAAUUCAAUAAUAUAUACGUAAACUAAUAAUAAUACAAGCGGCUUGUAUAUCAGUGAGAAAUAUGUGUUUGUUGUUUUUGAAUAAUUUCUUUUAUAUUUCGACGCAAAAAAGGCAAAAAAGAAAAAAAAAAGGAUAAAGCAACUCUCACGUUAUGUUCAACGUUUCCAAAAAUAUGGAAUAUAAACAAGUAUUGGAAGAACGUUUGAGAAAGGCUUCUUGUAUUGGGGACACAGAUGCAGUUCAGGAACUUGUCAAUUUAGGUGUUGAUGUUAAUACACGACAUAAUGUUAACGGAUGGACACCAUUACACUGGGCUUGUAAAAGAGGCUUUUUGGAAGUAGCUGCUUUACUAUUGAAACAUGGUGCUGAUAAAAAUAUAAUGUCGGAAAGUGGGGAAACAGCAGUAUCUUUAUGCACCAAUCAACAAAUUUUACAAUUAUUGAAUUCUGAUAUUCAACCAAACACUAAUGGACCAAUGAUACAUCAAUUUAUGCCUAAAUGUAUAAAAAAUGAACUUUUAACUACUAAUAUAGAUUCUGUACAGCAUUUAGGAGCGAAUCAUAAUCGAUGCGAAUUGAAAAAUAACAAUCAUUUGCAAGAUGAAUUAGUUGUUAAAUUACGUAUCGCAAAUGCACCUGAUCCUGACUUCGUCGAGGUCGAAUUACCUAUGAAUGAUUUAACAUACCAGACAUUAAUACAAACAUGUUGCGAAGAAUUUGGAUUAUGUCCGUAUCAAAUUUUGAAAUUACGAAAAUUACCGAAUACUAAACUGAGGAAAGAUAAAGAUGUAAAACGACUUCAACAUUUUCAAGAAAUAGAAAUAAUAACAGAUCCAGCUAAUGUAUAUAAACAUAUGCAAUAUUCUAACAGUGUUCCUAAUAACGUUUUACCAAGUCCAGCUAACGGAUAUCAAAGUAUUUCUAAUAAAGAUCAGACUAUUUUAUAUUAAAUUUAUAUUUUAAUUUAUUUAUAUUAAAAUUAGAGUAAAAUAAGAAUAGAUAUUUCC